GCAGUGGCCGGCAUGCUUCCUGUGUUGGUGUAUCCACAUAGCGUGUGUAGCUAAACGGCUAAACAAGAUGAGUUCUCAGAAAGGUAAUGUUUCGCGAUCGCGACGCCAGAAGCAUCAAAACACGACGGCCUACAGAAACGACAAGUACGGAGCGAAUGCACAAGUAAAGAAAGCAAAUUCAAAGAUCCAUGAUGGGCUUUGUCAACGCUGUAAGGAAGUUCUCGAGUGGAAAGUCAAAUACAAUAAAUACAAGACACUGACACAGCCCAAAAAAUGUGUCAAAUGCUCUCAAAAGACAGUGAAAGAUGCGUACCACAUUAUUUGCAAGCCGUGUUCUCUUCAGCUUGAGAUAUGCUGCAAGUGUGGGAAAAAAGAGGACAUUGUUAUUCCGGUAAACUCACAUCUGGACAGUAAGGAGCAGGAAGAACAUGACCAGAGCAAGAAAAUACGUGGACGAGGAAAGAAAGACGCGGAUGACUUGGACAGUGAUGAUGAUUUUGAUGAUGAUGAUGAUGACUUUGGUGACCUUGACGAUGAGGAAGAUGAAGACUUUGACAGUGAAGCAGGACCAAAAAAGACACAGAGCAAACCUGCUGUGCUCCCAGAUGUGUCUCGAGUUAAUGUUAAAGAUUGAAGACAGUGUGAGGCUUUUUUGAAAUCUGGUAUAAAAUGUGUUUUCUUACCAAAGUUCAGUAUGAAAUUUGCGAUGUGAUGACUUUCAAAUGCAAAUGAACUGAUGUUGCUGGUUUGACGCAGAACCUGGAAGAAGAAUUAAGGCCAACAUCCAAGAAACUGAGUGGACGAAAGCUCCCAGAUGAUUUUAGAUAGUUGUACAUCAUUUGCCUAAAUAGCCUGAAGUAAUGUACAUUUUACACUGUCAUAAAUUACUCUGGAAUAUUUA